AUGCUGCUCAGUCUCGCAGCCGGUGUCCUUGUGACGGCGCUGUCGACAGCCGUCUUCGCUGCCACAGACAUCUGCUACAACCCGGAUGGCACUCAGACAACAUCGACAACACACACACCGUGUUUCCCGUCAGCGAACGUGACCCACUGUUGCAACGAGGGCACGACCUGUUUGAAGAAUGGACUCUGUCUCAAUAAGUCCACGUUUCUCAACACGGGCUUAUGCACCGACAGCACGUGGCAAGAUGAAGCGUGUUUCCCCCGCUGUCUAACUCCACGACGGCUCGGCAAACCAAGCACGGUCUACCGAUGCGAUGACGACAAAUGGUGCUGUUCCAACGGCGGUGGCAACUCGACAUCAUGUUGCAAUGACCAGGGAAUCGAAUUGUUCAAGAUCAUUGAGAACGCAGUCGUCGAGAAUGGCUCUGCCUUCCUCAGCGGCUACAGCAUCGCGCCCAUCCAAAACAUCCUCACCGACAGUGAACCAAACCCAUCGACGACAUUGUUGCAAACAUACACGUUCACGACCGACGUCUCAGGCUCCCAAGUUACCUUGACGGCCACAGCAACAAUCGACUCGAAUACAAUUCCAGUAUCGUCUGACGACUCAGACUCGGCUCUAAUAGCCGGCCUCGGCGCCGGGCUCGGUGUGGGCCUUCCACUGCUCGCUGUCAUCGGCCUGCUCUCAUGGCUUCUCUUCCGUGAGAAGAGACGCAACAGGGCUCAAUUGGCCCCCCACGAACUUCACGGCCACCCUUUCUCGGACGUCCCUCCAGCAUCUCACUACCAAACUACUCCAGCAGAUCCAUUCCAAGACGGCUACUCCGUGCCGGCCGCCGGCCAGUCUCCUUACUCCACGGGCACUACAAACGAUGUAAUCUCAGCGACCCUCUCCGCGCACCGUCUCGAGGCAGAUUCUCAGGAGAAAAAGCCGGCGCGGGCACGUCCAGAGCUACCGGGCUAA